AUGGAGUAUAUCAGCAGCGCUCUCUACUACGUCUUUCAUCCAUAUCAAUUGAGAGAUAUUCUGAAAUGGAAAAUCCAGCACAAUCAAAUCUAUCGAUUGAAUCUGGGGAAUGAGAGUGAAUCCCGGAAGGUCUGUUUCAAGUUCCUCGAUCAGACCGGCCGGAGCUUCAGUGCCGUUAUCAAGGAGCUCCACCCCGAACUGCUCGUCCCUAUUUGUAUCUUCUACCUGGUCCUCCGUGGUCUCGACACCAUAGAAGACGACCCUUCUAUUUCUGUGAAGGCUAAGGCUGCCUUGCUUCGCGGCUUCGAGGAUGUAUUGGUGAAGGACGGGUGGACAUACGAUGGCAACCGUCCCGAAGAGAAGGACCGCGAACUGCUUGUUCACUUCCACCACGUUAUCAACGAGUACAAAGCUUUGAAGCCAGCCUGCAGACUUAUUAUCAAGGACAUCACCAGGGUAAUGGGUAAUGGAAUGGCCGACUUCUGUCACAAGGUUACCCUGAACAAUCCUGAUAAAGCCGGUGUCAUGACUAUAGUCGAGUAUGAUCUGUACUGCUAUUAUGUUGCCGGCUGUGUCGGCGAGGGCCUUACCCGCUCCUUCAUCGAAGCGCAACUUUGCAACUCGUCGUUGCUCGACUACCCGAAGUUAUCCCGGUCAAUGGGUGCCUUCCUCCAGAAGACCAACAUCAUCCGCGACGUCAGUGAAGAUCACGGAGACCACCGUUGCUUUUGGCCCAAACAGAUAUGGUCUAAGUACGUCAGCGACUUUGCAGAUCUAUUUAAGCCAGAAAAUUGUGAGGCGGCCUUAGACUGCAGUUCUGAGAUGGUUCUUAACGCACUAGAACAUGCCAAGGACUGUCUUGUCUAUCUGGCUGGGUUGAAUGAGCAGAGCAUCUUUAAUUUCUGCGCUGUACCCCAGAGCAUGGCUAUCGCGACGCUAGAGCUGUGCUUCCGCAAUCCCGCUCUGUUUGAGCGGGAUGUCAAUAUUAAGAUCAGCAGAGGUGAUGCAUGUCAGCUGAUGUUCGAGUGCACACAGGGCCUGCCGGGGCUGUGUCGUAUUGUCAGUCGAUAUGCACGACGCAUCAAAACCAAGAAUUCAUUAAGUGCCACCAAUCUUUCCGAGAUAAAUACGGUGUGCGAUACGGUAUGUUAUCUCAUUUAUACUUCAGAGUGA